AUGGACCUCGCCUCGUCCUCCCCCGCAGACCCAAUCCUCGGCCUCCUCGAGAACUACGCUUCCCUCAACCUCUCCACCAUCACGACUCUCCCCUCCCUCCCUUCACCUCUAGAAUUCCUGCGUUUCGUUGCACAGAACCGCCCGUUUGUGAUCAGAGGGGGAGCUGCCGAUUGGAAAGCCGUGCAGGAAUGGAACGUUGCUACGCUCAAGACUUUGCUGGAGGGGGUUGAUAUCAAUGUUGCUGUGACGCCAUUUGGAUCUCGUCUCUAUCUCUCCUCUCCGAUCCAAUACACCUCCUACCCAUCCACGCCUCAAUACGUGGAUAUGCCAGCAGCUAAUAUCAAUAACACCACACUCAGAAACGCAGAUAGCCCGGUCCUCUCCCCCAGCGGCGAACUCCUCUUCGUAAAACCGCACGAGGAACAGCAGCCCUUCUCCCAAUUUCUCGAUUUCAUCAUCGCGCAAGAGAAAUCCCUCUCCUCCCGGUCCAUUUCACCAUCCACCCAGCCACCAGGGGGAGAAGUCCGCUACGCUCAAACCCAAAACGACAACCUCCCCAACGAGUACGCCCUCCUCUCCACCCACGUACCCCCCUCCAUCCCCUUCUCCCGCAUCGCCCUCAACUCCCAGCCCGACGCCGUGAACCUCUGGAUCGGCAACUCCCUCUCCACCACCGCCCUGCACAAGGACAACUACGAGAACAUCUACGUGCAGAUCAUCGGCCGCAAGACCUUCCUGCUGAUCCCCCCCAUCGCCUGGUCCGCUGUCGCCGAGCGGCCCCUCCGACCAGCCUCCUACGCCCGGCUCGCGCAACAUUCCCCCCGCCAUCUCCCGGGAGGGGGCUUUGAGAUCGUAGAGGAGGCCGGCGAUCCCGUCCCCUUCGCGACGUGGGAUCCGGAUUCCCCGCUGGGUGCCGAGGAGGGCAAUGGGACCAGGUACUCAAAGUGGGUGGAGCCGCUCAGGGUGGAGCUUAGGGAGGGCGAUAUGCUCUACUUGCCUGCGCAGUGGUACCAUAAGGUCUCGCAGUCGUGUUCUGAAGAGGGGAUCUGUGUCGCGGUUAAUUACUGGCAUGAUAUGGAGUUCGGAGGUGGGUUCUGGCCGAUGUGCAAUUUUGUUCGGGACGUCGGGCUAGCUGCGACUUCUGGGACGGGCGGAAGUUGA